AUUAUAAAAUCUUCAAUUUUUACAGCUAAUUAAACAGAUGUAAUACAAUGUUCUAUAUAAGUAGCUAUUAUAAUAUUAUAUAACUAAAACGUAUACAUACACUAUUAUUUUUUAAAGACACGUGAAAAGUUCAAACUUGAACAAAAUUACGUAUUUUCAUGUGAUUAACGAUGUUAAUUGUUUUGUUAUAAGCUAAAUAUAUUAUUCGCGAGGAUUAAAACAUUUGUUUUAUUUUAAAAUAUUAUACUAUGAACCUAUCCACACUGUUUUACGGUAUUUAUUAUAAUAAUAUGUUAAUAAUUCAAAUAACCAUAAGGCGUACACACAGGCGAAUCUUUUUAGGUGCAUAAUACAAUUAUUUUAAAUUUGUAUAUAAGUAUAUAUUUAAUUAUAACAAUAUAUUGGAGAUAUGAACAUUUUUAACUUCAAACAUUUAUAUCUAGAAAUAGAGCGCGCUCUGGGUAUUCGCCUCGACCGACUUGGAUAGUAACAUAUAGACAUAUAAAACAACUAGAUAGCGGACUGCAUAUUACACACAGAUAUAUUAUAAUACAUUAUAUAUGUGUGGUAUUACAUUCCCACAGGAACGUCGAAGUCGUGAGGCCAAUGUUUACAAAAUAACUCAAUAGAUAAGAUAGCUAUAUUAAUAAUAAUACAAAAUAUGACGAAUUAAUUUUCAUAAUAAAAAUUUUCAAACAUUGCCCCGUUAGCAUAUUAUAUGGCUGCUGACUUCAAUAUUUUAUCGUGCAGUCCGUUAAGUUGUUUUAUGUGUCCAUGGGUAGUAACGACUAAUCAGCUCUCAACUUCGUCCGCUUCUACCCAGUCCCGACCAUCCAGACAUCAACGAUUAAUUAUUACAAGCCACGAACACCUACGAACACCUGACCGAUGUCCUCGAGGACUCCGGCUGGUCAGGAGUUAACCUAACUAAAAUAUUAACACUAGUAUUCUAAAAGUUAAAGGUCAAUCAUUUAUCUCUUGUUUGAUAUUAAAAAUACCAUCGACAAAUAAAUACCUACCGACAUAAUAUGUAAAAAGUGCCAAGUACUACGAUAAAAUUAUUUUCACACUAAUGUACUAUUUACGUUAAAAUGUCAUAAUAAUAAUAUGAACCACCCUUCAAUUGUCCCUUGUCUAUUAAAAGUGGUUUUACACAACAAGUAGAGGGAUAUUUUGGUUUUUUUUAACCGAGCACAGCGCGAAGUCGAGCGAAUGACAAUUUGGGCAUCACUGAUCAAAUAAUAUGAUUCCCCCCCCCCCCCGAAAAAUGGAAUCUUUUCGUUAUACGUAAUGUAAAUAUAAAUAUAAAUACCACGGGGGAUUUAGCUGACAGGGGAACUAAUCGACUCACGGGGAUAUAGUAGGACGGGGAUCUAGAUGAUACGUCACCCACGCUACAGUGAUGUUCAGCAUGGCGCCAUCGCACCACUACUGACUAGUGACUGGCCGUCAUAAACCGUAUGUAUGAUCACAGAAUACACUAAAUACAGAGUACAGACAAAGGAACCUUUUAAUUUUGAAAUAAUUCAAAUCCCGAAUACGCCAUUAACAUUUUAUAUUUAAGCGUUUUGAAUUUCUGAGUCUUGUUCACAAUGUUUCAAAAAAAAGUAAUUGAUAAACCUCUGAAGGAGUUCGUCAUUGAAGCUUUAAAAAAAAUGGAAGAUGACAGUUUAGUGAUGGUAAUUAAAAAAGCUUUGAAUUGUGUUGAUACAUCUGUGUUUGCAAAACUCUUAGAAUGCCCUAAUGUUAUUGCACUGGAGACUACACAUCAUGCACCAUACCUUCUUCUUUUACGCUUGUUUUCACGAGGUACUUAUUUGGAUUAUUUGGAGAACAAAGAAUAUUUGCCAGAACUUAGUGAGCCCCAGAUAAAAAAACUGCAAUACUUGACAAUUGUUAAAUUAGCCAAUAAAAUGAAAAUAAUAUCUUAUGAUGUUCUUUUGAAAGAGUUGAACAUUGAUAAUGUCAAAGACUUGGAAAACUUAAUCAUUGAAGCAAUCCAUUUAAAUUUGAUUUCUGGUGAACUUAAUCAAAAAGAUAAUUGUCUUGAAGUAAAUUGGACAGUUAGUAAGGAUGUUGGAGCUAAUGAUGUUGGCAACAUGAUAGACACAUUACAGCAAUUUAGUGAUUCCAGUGAAAAUGUUCUUUCCACAGUGCAAGCUUGUACUGUUGAUACUAAACAAAGUGUACUAAAACGCAGUGCUUCUGAUGAGAAUGAGUUUGCUAGAUUGAAAAAAAUAAUUAUAACUCAAAUACAAGGUGAAGAAAUGCCAAUGGAUACUAGUGGUCAUACAAAAAACGUAUAAAGAAACAAAACCUAGCGAAGCUAAAUUUUGGAACAAGCUUGAGUUCUUGAUCAGAUCCAAAAAACAAUGGCAAUGCAGUGAACGAAUUGGGUUCCGCUUCAGUCAGACUUAUGUCAUGUACACAGAAAAAUGGAAUCUUGUGUAUUUUACCCUCUAAACACACUCUAAUAAGUUGAUAAGUGUUGUUUGCUUUAACAAAAAUUUUUUGACUUUUGAAAACAAAUCUAAAUCUUAGUGAUCAUUAUUAAUAUUAACACGUCUAAUACGUUAGCCUACAUGAGAUCAUCACUGACCAUAGUUAUAGGUUAAUUAUUAACUUUUUUAUGAAAUUGCCAUAAUCUACUAAAAAAAGCGCAGUGGCAUGGUGGGAAUAAUUACUAUUUGUUUGAUGUAAUAAACAUAAUUUAUAUACAUAUAUAUAUGUAUAUAUUUCAAAUAUAAUAACAUAACAAAUAAGGGAUAAUAUGGAAAAAUAUUUUAGGCUUACUGAAAAACAUAUAGUUAGGUUGCUUAAAUUUUUUGCCUGUAUUUUUUUAUUUUUUAUUAAGUUUCAUACGAAUACUAAAGGUUUCAUAGAAGUCUAUAACGUAUAUCAUCUUAAU